AGUGAGGAAAGAAAUGGACAGGGAGCUAUCAGAAAAAUCUCCUGAAUAUGAAAAUGAUUUUGAUGCAAGGAAAUAUCUGGACACUUUCUAUGCUUUGGAUCCAGAAGCUCCAGAAAUAGAUAAAGAAUCACAAUUUCUGCUCAAGUUUAUUGAACAUUUAGUUGCCUCAGGUUACCUGCAAGGAGAAAGCCUCAUAGAAAUUGGUUCUGGUCCCUCAAUACAUCAUAUACUGCCAGCCAGCAACAGCUUCAAAAAAAUCUACCUCACUGACUACAAUCAGGGAAACCUGAAUGAAAUAGAAAAGUGGCUGCAAGGCAAGGAAGAUGCCUUUGAUUGGUCUCCAUAUAUGAAAUAUGUCUGUGAUUUGGAAGGUAACAGUACCACACCUGAAGAGAAAGCAGAGAAGAUUAAAAAGUGUGUUUCUGUCUUGAAAAGUGAUGUCACCAAGGCCAACCCUCUGGAGCCAAACUCACUCCCUCCAGCGGACUGUGUGAUCAUUGCGGGAUGCCUCAUCUGCGCAUGUAAAACAGUGGAGGACUUUAAAAGUGGUCUAAAGAAUACUGUAUCUCUUAUGCGAUCAGGAGGGUAUCUGACCCUAAUUGAUUACAUGGGAGCCUCAUAUUAUGUUGUUGGAAAGGAAAAGUUUCCCCUUCUAUCAAUCAAUGAAGAUCUCGUUAAGCAAGCAAUUAUUGAAGCAGGAUGCGUCAUUGAAGAGUUUACUAUGUUCAAGGAUUUCGACUUUACAGAAGAGGUGUUUGAUUGUAAAAAAAUAUUCUGCAUUUUAGCACGCAAGUUGUGAAAAGAAAUGUAAAGAUGAAGUAAUGUUUACAUGUUGAAUUUUAGAAUACUGGAAAAUGUAAGACGUUAUUCACUCAACAGUGU